AUGUUUCCCCUCCAUUUUCAUUACGAAGAUGUUUCACGUCAAGAUCCGUUGCUCAAACCGAAUCACGCCAACGUUAUGGAUGUUCCUGGAUUGUGUGAAAUAAGAGUAGUACCAAAGGCAGCACCUUCUGAUUUCAUAAUCCAAAAUGGAAAAUUGGCUAUGGAGAUUCCGUGCGGUCAGAAAUUGAUACGGACACGCAGGGGUUCGAUAGGAAAGUCGUUUCGAUCCAAUCCAUUCUUGGGGUCAAAUAAAGACAAAGGAUAUGUCAAUGACCUAGCACGACAAAGCACUCUCCGAGGGCAUGGAAUGUUUCAUUUUUUGGUCAGAAUCUCGACAGUAAUGUCUCUCUUAGAUUCUCUGGUGGAAAUACGGGAAAACUCCAUUAAAUUCUCGAUGGAAACGGAGUUUUGCGAAUUCUCCCCGGAACUAGAAGAUCAUUUUGAGAUCUUCGAACAUAUUCGAGGGUUCAAUGUAACUAUUGUCACUUCAGCCAACACACAAGAUGAGACUUUACUACCGUGGAGCGGCUUUUUGCAAAAAGAUGAGGGAGAAACUCAGUAA